AUGCAGAGGCAGAGACAACACAGAUUCGGUCUUUCUCUGUUCGUAUUUAUCGUCUUCUUUCUCUUAUCCUUGAAUGUCUCUUGCGCCGGAACUACCCAGAAAUCUACCGGUUUAUCGGUGGGACAAGACAACCCAUUCACCGCCAAAGCAUCUCUGAUUCGUUACUGGAACAAUAAGAUCAGCAAUAACUUACCCAAACCAUCUUUUCUUCUCUCCAAGGCUUCUCCUCUGAACGCCAUCGAAUCCUCCUACCUCACCAAACUCUCCCAAGACAGUAAUGCUCUCUCCUCUCACCUUCAAUCCUUCUGUUCCUCAGCCAAUCUGUUCUGUUUCCCUGACUUGGGGGCGAGUUUGGAGAAGCAUGACUCAUCUGUCAACUUCGCCUUGUAUAUGGAUAAGAACUUCACCAACUAUGGAAACUCGCAACUCGGCGGCACCGAUUCAUUCAAGAACUACUCUGAUAACUUGAAUAUCCCCGUCAAUUCGUUUAGGCGAUACAGUCGAGACUCUAAUGGUCACAACGACAAGUUUGCAAAUUACGGCCCUAACGGCAACGUAGUCGAUCAGAGCUUCAACACUUACGGCGACGGUGCUAUUCGUGGUUCUGGCGAUUUCAAGAACUACAAUGAAUUCGUCAAUGUUCCAGACCUCCGCUUCACUACUUAUGAUACGGAGGCUAAUGGGCGGAAACAGACUUUCACUACUUAUGGCCACGAGUCGAACGCAGGGGGCGAGAGUUUUGUCAACUAUGGCAAGAAGGGUAAUGGCGUACCAACUGACUUCACCAGUUACGGCAACGGAACCAAUGUUGAAGGUUCGAGCUUCGCUUCCUAUGGCGAAUCAGGCAAUAGCGCAAACGACUCGUUCACGUCGUACGCCUUCAACAGCAACAACGUAGGCAACAAUUUCAAAAGCUACGGCGAUGGUGGGAACUCUGGUACGGAUAAGUUCAGCAGUUACAGAGAUCAAGCAAACGUGGGGGACGAUUCAUUUCAAUCCUACGCUAAGAACUCGAAUUCUGGUAAAGUGGAUUUCUCCAAUUAUGGUAAUUCUUUCAACGAAGGCACCGACAAGUUCAAGGGCUACGGCAAGGGAUCGACUGGUCACUCAGUCGGAUUCAAACAAUAUGGGGUGAACAACACUUUCACGGAAUACAGCAAAUCCGGUAUCACCUUCGCCAAAUACAAGAACAAAACUCCACAAUCUGAAACUGAAAGUAAAACAAAAUCAGCUCAAUCGAAGAACAGGUGGGUAGAACCAGGGAAGUUCUUCCGUGAAUCGAUGCUGAAACAGGGGACUGUAAUGCCGAUGCCCGACAUUAAAGACAAGAUGCCGAAGAGAUCGUUCUUACCUCGUUCCAUCGCAUCGAAACUACCAUUCUCAACUUCCCAAAUUUCGGAGCUGAAACAGAUCUUCCAUGCGUCAGAGAACUCAAGCAUGGAGAAGAUCCUUCAAAACACUGUUCAGGAGUGCGAGAGAGCACCAAGCAGCGGCGAGACCAAGAGCUGCGUGAGCUCUGUCGAGGACAUGAUCGAUUUCGCCGUUUCGGUGUUGGGUCACGACGUGGUGGUUCGGAGUACGGAAAGCGUGAAGGGGUCAAAGCAAGAUGUGAUGAUCGGAACGGUCAAAGGAAUCAACGGUGGGAAAAUCACCAAGUCAGUUUCCUGUCAUCAGAGCUUAUUCCCUUACAUGGUUUAUUACUGCCAUUCGGUUCCUAAAGUUAGGGUUUACGAGGCGGAUAUCUUGGAUGCCAAAACAAAGGUCAAGAUUAACCAUGGAGUUGCAAUCUGUCACAUUGACACGUCAGCAUGGAGCCCAACUCAUGGUGCUUUUCUGGCCUUGGGCUCUGCACCUGGACGAAUUGAGGUGUGUCAUUGGAUCUUCGAGAACGACAUGACUUGGGCUACUUCUGACUGAUCUAUCUAUUCUGGUUUAAGCUUCGUUU